CCGCAUUCCCACAAUGCACCUUGUAUCAACACAGCGCUGGGGGCGGCUUCGAGGAGGGGCCAGGGGCGCCCAGCGGACCCUCGCGCAGCCCGGGGCGUAUCAGGCGGGGCGGGUGUGGAAGGGCGACUGGCAGCCAUGGCGGAGUCGGCGCCCGCUCGGCACAGGAGGAAGCGCCGCUCCACCCCUUUGACUUCCUCCUUGUUGCCCCCACAAGCCACAGAGAAAAGCUCCUACUUGCCAGCCACGGAGAUCUCACUCUGGACGGUGGUGGCCGCCAUCCAGGCCGUGGAGAAGAAGGUGGAGGCCCAGGCCGCCCGGCUGCAGAGCCUGGAGGGGCGGACGGGCACGGCCGAGAAGAAGCUGGCCGACUGCGAGAAGACGGCCCUGGAGUUCGGGAACCAGCUGGAGGGCAAGUGGGCGGUGCUGGGGACGCUGCUGCAGGAGUACGGGCUGCUGCAGAGGCGCCUGGAGAACAUGGAGAACCUGCUGAGGAACCGCAACUUCUGGGUCCUGCGGCUGCCCCCGGGCAGCAGGGGCGAGGCCCCCAAGGUGUCCAGGUCACUUGAGAGUGAUGGGGUCUGCUUCUCUGAGCAGGACUGGGAGAACCUGGAGGGCUGGCAGAAGGAGCUCUACGCUAACGUGAUGAGGAGCAACUAUGAGGCUCUGGUCUCUCUGAAGGUGCUGGGCCAGCCAGAAGGAGAAGCAGAGUUGGGUACAGAGAUGCUGGGAGACUUGGAGGAGGGAGAAGGCCCUGGUGGUGACCACCCAGCAGAGGGGCGUCUGAUGAAGCAGGAGCUGCAGUGCGCGCGGGACGGCGCUGUGCACCCCCGCGGGGCGAUCUCGGGCCUCGCCCAAGCGCACGCUUUCCUGAGCCCGGAGCCGACUGAGCUCGGGGACGGUCAGGGCGGCUCUGGCCUCUCGGAGUCAGGUCCUGGGGACACGCAUGCAGAGGAGCCCGUUGAGGGCAGGAGAGACCCUGGUGGUGGCCGGACUCUGGGCUGCUCCCCGAAGCAGACAUCUCACAGGCCCCUGCAGCUGGGGCAGGAGUGCAGGCAGGGCCCGAAGCUGAAAAGAGACAUUCCUGGCCCCUACGAAUGUUCCGAGUGCGAGCUCAGCUUCCGCUGUAAGCAGCAGCUGGCCGCCCAUCUGCGGACCCACACGGAGUCGGGGUCUCACACAGCCUUGGAGCCAGAGAGCCUUCGGCCCCGGCCCCGGCUCAAGCCCCCAUCCAGGAAGGCGAAGCUGCAUCAGUGUGACGUGUGCCCCCGGAGCUUCAGCUGCAGGGUGAGCCUGCUGACCCACCAGCGCUGCCACCUGCAGGCGGGGCCCAGCGCCAGCCCCCAGGUCCAGGAGCGGUUCUCGCCCAACAGCCUGGUCGCAUUGCCCGGCCAUAUCCCUUGGAGGAAAAGCCGGAGUUCCCUCAUCUGCAGUUACUGCGGCAAGAGCUUCAGCCACCCAUCGGACUUGGUGCGGCACCAGCGCAUCCACACGGGCGAGCGGCCCUACAGCUGCACCGAGUGUGAGAAGAGCUUUGUCCAGAAGCAGCACCUCCUGCAGCACCAGAAGAUCCACCAGCGGGAGCGGGGUGGGCCGGCCCUGGAGCCGGGAAGGCCCAAUGGCCAGCUUUAGAAGUGCCAGCCCCUUGCCCGGCUGGGGGGGGCGGAGGGGGCUGGCACUGUCCCCCCAAAGAGACACUGCAGAGUCAGGGACUGAUGCUUCCUGAGGAGAGUCGCUCUGACUUCUUCCCCGUGACCAGGCGUCAGGCCAAGCCCCUAGGGCUCUCCUGCUAUGUCUUUUCACCCUGCUGCCAAGUUGCCAUCUCUUUGGCACCUCGAGUGUCUGGUUUCCCAUCUGAGCUGAUGGUUCUGGGCCAGGGUUGGCUCCUUGAGCCCGCAGGCUGGUGCCCAGUUCCAGGGCCUGUCCGGCUCUCGGGUCUUCCAGGGGUGGAGUCGGGCUGGAAGAGUGAGCUGGGCGGGGAAGAGCCUUGGGGGCAGAGCCCACGUCCUCUUCCUUUGUAGUCUCUCUGUUAAUAACAAGUGAAGGAAUAAUUUAAAUGAACUGCUCACCCUGCUCUAAAGAACCUUUUUUCAAAUUAGAUUUUAGUUGAUUUAAACAAAAGUCUGAUACUUUAAAAUUUUUCCAAGGUUAUAGCAGUUGCUCCUAACGUGGGGACCGGGCCUGCCCUCUAGGAGGGGGUCAUUUCCAGGGCUUCUUCAGCCCACCCACCACUAGGCCUGAGACCAGGCCAUGUGCUGGGCUCCCUUGCACGGUGGCCCCAGCACUCUGGAGGUGGGCAGCUGACCAGGGGAAGGACGUGGGGAGGGUAGACCCCCUGCCCCUGUUGGGCGCCAAGGUCCUGGAAAGGAGCUGAGAGCACAGCGCCGCUUCCUCGAGCUUGGAUCUCUGUCCAUGGCCCUCUCUGCUCCUCGCGUGGUUCCGCAGCCUCCCAGGCCAGAAGACUGCUUUGUUACUUCAGGUCGUUCAGCCUGUGCCAGUGGUUGCUUGAGUUAGUUCCCGUCACACCCGUUGUUUCUUGAGGCAGUUCCAGUCACACGCUUUUCCACAUUAGUUCUGGGAUUGGCUGUUCUCGAGAUGAUGGAGAAAAGGCACACGGGUGCCUGUCUCUUGGGAGUGUUGAACGCCUGCCCCACUGCUGUCGGGGGGGAGUGGGCUCCUGGGCCCUAUGUGAGUGUCCCCUUUGAUGAUCUGCAGUUGCCUAGAAUAAAACUUGCUACUAGUAAAAAGAAAAAAAA